UUGAACCGGAUAUCCGUGUGUCCAGCGGCGACGGUUUGGCCGAGCCGAGAAUGGACAGCCCUGAAGCAGCGUUCAGUCUCUUUUACAUUGUCCUUUCCUUCUGUUUUGUCUUCACUCCGACCGAGUUCCGUUCGGCGGGGGUGACGGUGCAGGACCUGCUGUCUGAGCAGCUGGGCAGUGAGGAUCUGGCCUUCAUUCACUACCACAUCCGCAGGACGGCCGCCACUGUCACUGUGCAUUCGCUGUUACCGCUAGGUUAUUAUGCAGGAAUGUGUGUUGCAUCUUCUGGUGAAAAGCAGUUCUACUUUCUAGUAAGCGAGGGUUGGUUGAUUUAUUUAGUGACUGCUGUGCUCAUCCCGGCUUUUACUAGCCUCAUGGUGUUGUAUUGGUCCUUAAAUAAGUGGGGCAACCAUCCAAUAGCCAGAGGCCUUGCACAUUAUGCCCUUCCACAGUCUGGUUGGAGAGCAGUGGCAUCUUCUGUUAAUACUGAGUUCCGAAGGAUUGAUAAAUUCGCUUCUGGAGCAGCAGGAGCCCGUGUUAUUGUCACUGAUACCUGGGUGAUGAAGGUGACUACUUACCAUGUUCAUAUAGCACAGCAGCAGGACAUUCACCUCACAUUGACUGAAUCGAGACAGCAUGAGCUGUGUCCUGACGUGAAUGCUCCUGUACAAUUCCUCACAAUUCAAGUGUGCAGCAUCAAUCCGAACAUCAAGCCAUUCGACAUUAGACUGAAUUCAACUGAGUAUGGUGAACUACGUGAGAAACUGCACACAACAGUUCGAAAUGCUCAUAAUGUGGUUAUCCAUCAGUCUCUAAGUGACAUGUUUCUUGACACAUUCAAGAUCCAGGUGGAAUUGAACCAACGGUUUCAUCUACCUAGUAAUCAGGAACUGGAGCCGUGCAUUGGCUGCAUGCAGACAGCUGCUAACAUUAAACUCAUCAAAGACUGCCAAGAGCCAAAUGAGGGCGAGUGUCAGCAGUGUUAUUGUCGUCCCAUGUGGUGCCUAACGUGUAUGGGAAAAUGGUUUGCCAGCCGCCAAGAUCAGCAGCAUCCAGAAACAUGGCUAUCCAAUCGGGUGCCCUGCCCUACCUGUCGGUCAAAGUUUUGCAUCCUUGACAUCUCUAUUGUAUGCUAACGUGAAUGAAAUGAAAAUGGACAUUAUUCUUCAUCUAAUAUCCCAGUUGUCCAUCUCAUGUCAAGAUUUCAUUUCUGACCUCUUCCAAGCUGUAGCCCUCAACUUUGUUUUGUUAUGGAAACUAAACUAAAUGUCUUCAGGCCACAACAAUUGCCCUUGAAGUGUUCAUUUUACUUUAAAACCCUACAUCAUUCAGUGAUGAGUACUUCCAGUGAGAGAAAUUAUUUUCCCUUUUUUCUUAUUCCCCUGUGUCUACUCAAAAUGAAACUUGUCAACUUGGGAUUGCUUCUUCGAGAACUGAAGACUUUUGCAACAGGAACAUCAGUUCAGAGUUGCUUGAAACUUAAAUCUUCAGAACACUACAAUGACCGUAUUUCUGGAUUGUCAUGAGUUGACUCAAAUUCAUUAACUGAAUGGUUUGAAACACUUAAAUUUCAAGGCUUUCCUCUCAAUUCUUUUCAUUUUACAUUAUGGAUUCUCAGUAUUUUAUUUCCAACUUCAAAUCUUUCCUAUACAAUCACUGCGUAUAUAGUAUUAUAGUUUUGGAUAGCAUUGUGUCAUCCUUGCUAGAUACAAAAUCUGAGUAUUUUCAAACUCAGUGAAUCCUUUCUAUUUCACAAUGUUAAUUGCAUAUCUCCUUUAUAAACCUUUUUCUGCAGCUGGCUGAUUUUUCCAUUGUUUAUUUUCCCAUUUUGUACUCCAUAUGGACGCUGGUUUUAAAGAUUGCCUGUAACUCAUUCAGAAUUUUGCCAAUUCUGGUUCUUAGUUGCAUUUUUUAAAAUACUGGUGCAAAUGAUGCUGCCAGUGCAGGGUUUCUCACUGUAAAGGUGAUGAUGACAGCCUUUGCCUUGAACCGUAGCAGUCUAUUCUCCACAAUUGUUCAGAAAUGCAAGGGGAGUUAUUUGUUCAUUUUGACUUUAACAAUGAAGGUUAUACAUAAUGUCAAACUUAAAUGUAAACAAUCUGGAAGAGAUUCAGUGCAUAUUCUUCUGAAAUAAUUUUGAAGAAAAAUGUUACAUUGCCCUGAUUUGCUCAACCAGGAGUCUAGGACUAAAGGCAGUCUAAGGGUUAGUCAUACCUUUCAGGUUUGAAAUUGACAAAUGCUUCUACACAUUAAAGAUGGAAGUUUUGAAUUCUUUCAGCAAAUAGCAAUUUGUAGGUUAACUGUUAAUUUUAAAUCUAAACUUGUUUUUUUUAAGUCAAAAUUAUUAAGUGGCAAAGUUAAGUAUCUGGAGUUAUUUCACAGCUCUGUCAUGGUCUUCUUGAAUGGUAGGAUAAGCUUUAUUGUCCAAAUGGGGUCUUCCUGUUGAAGCUCUGAAAUACUCCGCUGUAAAGUCCAUUAUGCCAAUUCCAUUUGGCAAUACUUUAAGCAAAAUUCUAAAAGACAACCACACCUAAUUUGGAAGGUUAGAGAUCCUUUUGCAAUUUUUCCAGGAGCUUACUCUUCAUUACUAAUUUAAACUAGGUUACUUUACCCUGUGUGGCAGUGUUAAAAUUAUCCCAGGGCUCUUGCAAUUACAGGAGCGAUAGAAAGGAUUGACACGAUGAAGUGAUCCCUGCAUAAGUCCACACUAAUUGGCAUGCUCCCUUCCCAUUCUCCCUUAACUAUUCUAUAGUUCCACAUAUAUUUCAAACUGAGAAAUUUACAGUAGGCUGUAGGUAUCUUUGGAACAGCAUCAUGUUCAGAAGAUAAAAAAUAUUUUGAAGAAAAUUGAAAUGGUUCUUAACUUUGAAUGACCUGAUUUUAAGAUGAAAUUGUAUUUUUGAAGCUAUAAGGUAUAUUUUUCUGUUUUGGUAUAUGGACAAUAGUACAUAAUAAAAUAUUCUGUCCUGGA